AUGGGGAAUACACUAUAUAGUAACAUAGGACAUAACUCAUCAGAACUAGAUGAAAUAUAUUGUAAAUAUCUGAACAAUUUAUAUAACAUAUACAAUUAUUUGUUUAAGUAUGAACAUUUCUUUUUUAUGAAUUCACUUACGUUGAAUUGUUUUUGUCACGUUUUAGAAGGAAUUAAUAAAAACGAGGGUCAUGUGUUAAUAAAAAUUUGCAAAUUAAAAAAUGAGAUGCCAAAAAUUAAAAGAAUAUUAUACACACUUAAGUUCCUUUUUUCCUUUGAUCUCUUUCCAAAUGUGCUGCCAUACAACCGCAUGAGCGUCUAUGAAAACAACAUAUAUAUUUAUAGAAGAUUUAUAUUUAAAAAUUUAGACCACUGUUUAUCUAAUGAAAAAAAUAGCAAUAGCUUUUAUUAUUUUUUUAUAUUUCAAAUAUUUCUAUCGAUCAUACAGCUUCAUUCACUAGGAAUUUAUCAUGGCCAUAUAAAAAGCGAAAAUUUCUUAAUACAGAAUAACAUGCAUGUCCUUAUAACGGACAUUAACAUUUUGAACAAUUACCUUUAUUAUAUUCCAAAAAUUAGUUACCCCAUUUCACGUGAAGUGUCCAACACACAUGAACAUUCAUUUUCAUGCUGUUUGACUGCGAGUAGGUACGCCAACAAGAGGAAGGGGAGACUGAAGAGGCUACAGGAGGACCUCUUUAACUUAGGAAUAUUAAUAUUAGAAAUCCUGUUGAAAGACAAAAAUAUUUCGUAUUUAUUUCUUAACGAGAAUUAUGGAGAUGAUAAUAAUAGUAACUUUUAUUCAGAAAAAAGAAAGCAAACAAAAUUAUACUUUGUAGAAAAUGAUAUGAAAAAAGAUCAGAAAUUCGGAAAUAUUAUGAACAUGUCAGAAAAAAAAAAUAGCGAACAUUUUGUUCAUGCUUUAUCCUUGCCGUUCAUAAAUAAAAAAAUAAAAAAUGAAGAAAAGGAUUAUUUUCAAAAAAAUAAAAAUUUGAGAUUAAAUAUAGAUAAAUAUAAAUAUUAUAAUUACCAUUAUAUUAAUAAUGUAAAUUAUAUAAAUAUUUAUAAUGACAUUUAUAAUAAUGUAACUCCUUCUUUAAUGGUAAAUGAAAGAAAUAUUUUUUCUCAUGGUAGUUACGAAAAUUCAUUUAAAAGUAAAACUCUGAUAUAUGACAGUUGUGAUGAACAUAAAGGAAAGAAAGAAAUUUAUUAUGCGUAUAGUGAUUAUGAAAUGUUAAAUGAAAAGAAAGGAACAAAAUAUAAACAUCAGCAUAACAAUUUAAAUUUACACACACAAUCAAAAUUACACGCGGAUAACACGUAUACGUUGUUCAGUCAUUUGAAGGCCACGAAUGAUAAGCACCAAAAGGAAAGAAAAAAAAGAAAAAGAAAAAAAAAGAAAAAUGAGAGAUACAUAAAUGAUGGUAAGGGGCGCAAUAGUUACGGUAGUAGUAAUGGUAUUAAUGGUAACAGCGGCAUCAGUGGUAGCAACGACAGUAAUGACCGAAGCACUGGAGGAAGUUCUGUCCGAAGAGUUUGUGGUGGAGCUGAGAAAACUGUGCCAUACAAGAUAUGGAAAGUAGUUAAUGUUGUAAAAAAUCCGUUCAUUAUUUACUCACUAAUUAAUCAUUUCUUCUUACAAAAGAACAUGAAUAUAUUUAAAAUAUUUAAUUACUGGUCUUACCACGUAUUUCCUAGCACAUAUAAAUACGUCUUCUUCCCCCUUGCAAUUCUUCAAUUACAUCCCAUAUUUAAAAAUUCUGACUUUUUCAUGUUGUUAAUACAUUUUAAUUUACCAUUCAUAUUAUUUCAUUUAGACAUUUUUGCACAAAAGGAAAGGGAUAAAUAUGCUCUGUUAAAAAUUAUUUCGAAUCAAAAUAUACAAGAAUCAAAUAAUAUGGAUAAGCAUUAUAACUAUGAUAGUUACGAAAUAGAGAAUAAUUAUGGCACUUCGAUGUUCUAUUCAGAGCAAAAACACACUACUAAUUUAUUGAAUUUUAAAAAAUUAACGUAUUACAAAAAUGUUGUUAAUUCAUUUACUACUAGUGUAAAUAAAUAUCAAAUGAAGACCUACAUUAUGGACACAAAUUUAAACAGUCAGGUAAAAAAACAAAUUAUGCAACAAUGGAAAGAUUAUAAAAGAGAAAAAAGGGCUGAAAAGUAUGAAGAAAGGAAAAAAGGGGCAAGUGCAUAUGUAAGGAAGGGAAAAAAAAAAAAAAAAAAGGUUUAUCAUUCCAAAUGCUAUUUUCCCUUUCCUAUACUAUCAUACAGAAAUACACGCGAAUUUUAUAAAUCAUUUUUAUCAUUUUACAAAGUUUUAUUUUAUUCCAUUUUUUAUGAAGAAAAAAGUUAUAUGGAUCUUUUCAACUACCUCGAGAUAUGCAAAAGAACCAUUUAUUCUUCUUUAUUUAAAGAUUUUUAUUUUAAAGUGAAUGGAAAAAGAGAUCUAAAUGAAAAAGGUACCAAUCUGGAGAAUCGAAAAAAUAGCACAUCUAACCCAGGGAAACAUAUGAAUUAUAGAUGGAUAUUCAAUAAAGACAUUUAUCAAUUAGUUAAUAUCAUAAUAUGCUCAUACAAUUCACUACUAUACGAGUCGACAAGAAUAAUAGCCUUAGAAAUACUAUAUUGCAUCAUUUGUCAUAUAACUGAAACCACAUUAAACAGGGAAGUAGUAUCCUUUUUGUUGUUCUGCUUUAACAAUUCCAAUGAAAAAAUUAAAGUUAUUAUAAUAAAAUGUUUUUACAAAAUAAUAAAUAAUGAAAAUUGCUUUAACCCUAUGUUUUUAUACAUUGAUAAAUUUUUACCAAAGUUAUUUACUUUAAAAGAUAGUCAGGAAAAUUAUGAGAAAUAUUUUUAUGCAAAAUAUUUGCCUUUAUUUUCCUCUGCUGCUGUUCAUUAUAUUUAUAGUGCAAGUUUGUUGAAAAAUGGUAGAGGGAUAGGAGGUGGUAAAAGUAGUAGUAACUGCAAAAGAGAGGGUAAAAUAGAGAAAAGUAGCCAGAGCUACAAUAAAAAUGGUAACGAUAGUAGGGGCACCAAUACCACGUUGUCUGAAGUCAAAUCCAUGGAAAUGUUAAAAGAGAUAAGAAACCAACUAGUUAAUAUUUUAAAGUGCUCAAAUCACGACAUUUUAUAUGAAUUUUAUGAAAAUAUAAUUAAAUUUUGUAAAAUUAUGAACAGAAAAUGGGUUAAAUUUUAUAUUUUGCCAUAUAUAUUAACAAAUAUUUAUAAACCCCAAAAUCCUAUUAUAAGAGCCAUGUGUGUAAAAAUAUGUAUUAAAAUUAUCUUAUAUAUAAAUGAAAAAGAAGCGUACGAAAUGUUUUACGAGUAUUUAAAACCGCUACUUUUUGAGAAAAAUGAAAUAGCCCUACAAUUUUUUUUGUACGAGUGUAACCUUAUUUUAAAAAAAUACUACAGAAAAUGUCGUGCAAAAUAUCGUGAAAAAUAUCAUGAAAAAAAGCACAAUAAAAUGUGCAUAUUGUUUUUUAAAAGAAUGAAAUUAAAUCAUCUUUUGAAUCAUCAAUCGUUAGUAAUAAGGCAUUUGGUUCAAACGCUGAAAAAAAAUUUACAGAAAAUAUCACCUUAA